GCCAAAGCGCAAUAAAAGGCUGAGGACUCGCUCUAUGCCAAUUGCACCAGCGCGCGGCGCUGGGGGGCGGCGCAGAGGCUUGGAAUCUUUCGAUACGCGACAGCCAAGGCAGGGAUAGUGCAACGGGCGCCCCGGACGCUGCGGCGCCAGAGCGCGCGGGUCCGGAGGCGAAACCGCAAUAGAACGCAAUAGACACACUAUGAGCGAGAACGGACCGCCUCAGCCCAACGAGAGGCCGCCAUGGGCGUCCGGCGCCGACUUCCAGGCCCCAGGGACCCAGCCACCACCCCAGGCCGCGCCGCCGUGGGCGUCGGGCGCGCCCUACGUCCAGUAUCCCCCACCGGGAGCUCUACCGGUCGUGCCCCUGCAGCAGUACCCGCCACAGGGCAUGCCCUACGCGCCGCAGUUCGUGCCGAACGCGCCCAUGCUGUAUGCCGUGCCUCCGAUGAUGCAAAUGCCGCCACAACAACCGAUGGAGGAAUCGAGCUCGUCGGAGGAGGAGGAGGACGACGAAGAAGACGAGCACGACGACUUCCUGACGGGGGCGACGCCGCCUUCCUCGCCACGAGCGAGUGCUACGAGGCACGUCAAGAUUCGCCUCAAAAUCGACGGCGCGUCGGUCCAGGAGAACGGCAACGAAUUGGCACCCUUAGCAUGUGCUCUGACGGGCCAGCGGUCGUCCGGCGCGCCCUUGGGUGGGAACCGGUGGGGGGCCGUGGGGCAACCUUCCGCGGCGCCAAUUGCAAGGCAAAAUCUCGCGUCGAUGGGUGUUGAUGAGAGAAACAAAGCUUGUGUCGAGGCUCUGGAAAGGUACGUCGUCGCCUGCGGCGGGUCGGCGGAUUUGGUGAAGAAUUGGACGGUAACGCAACAGCGUCCUCGAAUUGCGUCGACGGCGUGUCGCGUCGAUGGCGUGUCGCGUCGCGUCGAUAGCGUCGGCGCGUCGCGUCGAUGGCGUCGCGUCGCGUCGACGGCGUCGCCGCGUGGCAUCGACGGCGUCGCGGCGCGUCGAUGGCGUCGCCGCGUGGCAUCGACGCGACAUGGCACACCGCGUGAUGGCAUCCUCACGCCGUCGCCGCGAUAGACGCACCAGAGAGCUAGGGAGCGCCCGCACGCCGUCGCCGCGACACGCAUCACCCGCAGGCCACGGUAGAAACGAGGAAAGAAGGCGACACGGCGGGAACCUACGAUGUGUACUACUUCGAUCCCGCGGGCAAGCGCUACCGCUCCCGAGCAGAAGUAGCGAGAGCCUUCUUCCUCGCCGUGCCGCAGCGCCGGACGAAGGCGACGUCGACGUUCGGGAGGACGAAGAAAGGGCGACGGCGAGCGGCGCACGCGAAGCGCUUCGCGGCGUGCACGCAGCACCUCCGAGCGGCUUUGGGUCGCGUGCUAGAUGAUGAACAGGAGGCCAUCAACCCCGACGUGUUGAAGAAGCAGCACGCGGAAGCCGAUGAUCGUGGUAGUAAAUCAGUAGCCGCGGCCAACGCGAAAGCCGAACGGUUACGCGAGAAGCUGGAGGAUGCGAGAGAAAAGGAGGCCGGCGCGCGCGGUCGGCUCGCCGAGGCGACGGAGAACCUCAAGGAGACGCCGCUGCCCGACGCGUCUCCCGAAUUGUUAGCAGCGGUCCACAAGGCCGAGAACCAGCCCCCGGGCUCCGUGCCCAUCCACGAGACGGACCUCCAGCUCGCGUAUCGCAUAGAGCAGUACCAGGCGGCGCGGGACCGGCGGCAGUGCUGUAUCAAUGAUAUCGAGCGCGAGGGGAGGGUCUCGAAGCGGCUCGGCGAGUGCACGCUCAAGCUCGAGGAGCUCUACCAGGAAGCGAGACUAGCUGCGGAGAAGCGCGCCCAGCAGGAGGAGGAGCGCAAGGCGAAGCGCAAAGCGAAGGAGCGCGACGCGCUCCAGCGGUCGCGGGCGCCGCGCAAAAAGCGCGUUUCUGUGGAUGCUCCUGUUCAACGACGCGGCAAGCAGAAGUACCCCAUUGACGAUUCGUUAUUAUCUGAAGAGCCUCCUGUUGAAUUGGCUGAGAGGCCUCAGACCCAAGACCCUUGUGUGGAAUUGUUAAGAGGCCUGCCUCCAGACAAGGUCGGGGAUGUGCUCGCUAUUCAUGCUUUGUUGAAGGCCGUGGCGGCUCGGAGAACGGCCAAGGGUCUCAAAAGAGGCCGACCCUCGACCGGUUUAGAUCUAGAGGAGUCGCCAAAUCAGCCGCCCCCUUUGCAUGCCUUCGCGGCCGCAUUAGCCUCACCUCUCAAAACAUUACCAGGACCGAGGGGAGCCUUGGAACCGCUGCGACGGGCCCACUCCUGCCUCCUCGAGGUGCUCCUAGACGACGCCUCAGCUGAUGAUUAUUGGUCUCCACCCGCCGUGAAGGAGGACCCGGGCUAUUUUGGGGCCGAUUCCGACGACGACGGCGGCUUCCGGUAUCCAGCAGCAAAAACGACGAAGUUAAGGGCGAGGCAGCACCCCUGGGCGCGCGUCGCGCGACGGUUCUCGCGUGCCGCUACGAAGCGGUUGAGCGAGGACCCGCCCGACGAACAACCCUCAGAACGGGUCUGGGACGUUGUGAGGACGACGGAAGAAGUAGUAGCGGAGCUAAAACGAGGCAACGAGGCCGACGCGGACACGAGGCGAUGGGUGUCCGCGUGCGACCAGGCGUCGUCGGCCUGCGCGCAAGACGCGCUGCGGUGUGCCGCUAGGUUUACUACUUUGCGAAGUGCUCGGAACUUGUUGGAACACCUCUCAAAUUUGUCUGCUGACGAACGUAAGACAGGUGCAUUAGCACUGGCUAGUGCCGCUCGCGACGCGCGGCCGAAGUGCUGGACCGGCCCCGCCGCGGACAGAGACGCAGCACGAAGAGACGACGCCGAGUCGGCGGCGCGGACCUGGGCUUCUCACUUAGCUGAUACAACUCAAGUCAACCACAAAGCCAGAGAGGAGACUAGAAGGGCCCGAGCGGAAGGCUGGCGCGUCGAAGGGAGCGAGUACCUCGGCAGAAGUGUGCGACGAAGCGUCUUGGAUGCCACCGGCAAACCAAUAUCUCAUAGUGAAGGGGCGGUCCGAGGGUGGCUCGACGCCUCUAGAAGCGACUACAACGACUCUGAGGGAAAACCAGCAGCUCUGUGGCACGUCUACUUUUCUUCCGGAGAACUCGAGGGUGAUGAAGAAGAUUUGGAACUGUGCGCUCGCGGCGUCUUCACGCCGUCGACGCGACUCGACACAUGUCACACGCAGGUCCGAGUUACUUGAGUCAUUGGUACCCAAAUCGGACGACACGGACGACGAACAGCCCAUGAAGCUCCCACCGGUCCCGCGCGCGAAGAAAGUAAAUGAAGACGACGACGAGAAGAAGAAGGACCGGCGGUCCGCGACGCGGCGUCUCCAGUGACCUUGAACUUGACGUGGUCUGACAGUGUCCGUGCCACGCAGGCGAGGGAGAAAGGCCAAAAAAACUAUUUUGGAGGAAUAUGGCGAGGAGCGCGAGAAGGUUUUGGAGAAGCUCGGUGGCUCGAAGGCCGCUCCGUUCCCGCGGGACGCCGUCCAGGAGGCGCUCGUGUUAGAUGCCCACGACCGCGCCGCGGCGAAGAAGCGCGCGCUCGUCGAGGACGUGCCGCCGCCGCCUGUUUUCGACCCGUUCGAGGACAACCUCGUGCGUGCCAGCGUCCUUCAUUCGUGGCGAUGGCGUCUCACUUUAAUCAACGCAGGACGCGCCGCCCGCCCCGCCGCCGCCCGCACCUCUUAGAUUGCCGAGACCGCCGCAGCAAGCCGUAGGACCGAAGACCUGGGCUUGCCUCGCCGGCGCCGUCGGCGCGCGCCUCGCGCAGCGCGACGAGGCGCCGCAAGCGUUACAUCGAGCAAGCAAGUGGCUCUCCGAGGGUUAUCCAUAUGGUGGCCUCGGCACAAGAGAAAGAGUAGCCGUGCUCAAGGCCUUAUGCGACGCCUACGCCUCGUCCUACGGCUGCGCUACGCUCGUAGAUGAAGCGUCGGAACUACGAGCCUUACGCGACGCCAAGGCCGAGGCCGACGAACGAGAGAGAAAACGAACACUAGCCGAAAAAGAAAAAGAAACCGCAUCACAAGUACGAGAAAAGCUCGCGCUCGAGAUGGGCUGCGACGUCCCUCCGGAAAUCGACGAAAAGAAGCCUAGGAAAAAAUCGAAGAAAGCUUCCGGUGAAGGGAAGCGGCCGCGGCCGCGGCCCGGGGCCGCGCCGCCUCCUUUGUCGGCGUUGCUGGACCACCUCAUCAAUAUAGAUGCUCCAUGCUCAGUAGAACAGAGAAAUCCAAAAUUACCUGGUUCGAGGGUCCACGCUUUAUAUGAGCGCUAUCGAAGCGCUACUACCAUCAAGGAGAUGCUGCGACUGGGCGCGCGGCGAGGCGAUAUCUUCAACGACGUCGCGCGGGGGUAUACGUCGCUGACGACACCGCUACAUGCGCGACAAUAUACGGCUUGUAGAGCUAUGGGAGAAGAUGAUCCUAUACCAGAUUUCGCUACCUUUUGUGUGGACGGCUCCAUGCCGUCGCCCGACGAGGAAGUGGCUCAAGCGACGACGGAUCUGCAGCCUAGUUCCCAGAAUUCUUCACCUAGAGCGUCGCCUCCGGCCCAGGUCGCCGCGCCUACUCGCCAUCGGUUCAGAGCUGAAAUAGCCCACGCACGGGCCGUGGACGCCUGUGGCGGCGGCGAUAUCGAGUUCGUGGCGUCCAUUCCUGCCUUGGAGCGGAAGGAGAGCGAGUGGGGGUUGCAACAACGAACUGAGACAUUGCGAGACGCGCGGCGCAAGUGCAUUGUUACUCUCAGAGACGCCUGCAAGCCCGGCGACCACGGCGUCGACGUCCAAGCGUUGAAGACUGCUCUUGAACAAGCGCGUUCUGACGAAGUGCUGCUCGAAGGCUUAGUUCCCGAGGAAGAAGACGAUACACCUCCACCGCCGCCGAAGGGCCAGGACGACCCGGCGCCGGGCUGGUUCCGGAAAUGUGAACCUAGGAAGUCCUCGGACAAAGUGGAUGUGUACUACUACCCCCCGGACGGCGUGCAGUUGCGGUCGCGGCCGGACGUCCGACGGUAUUUCGAGGGCAAGCUUCUGUGUGGGAAUCAACCAGUGUGUCGCGUGCGACAGGCGUCGCGUCGAUGGCGUGGAGGGCAUGAUUGGGCCGUGGGAGGAGACGCGCCGCGACAUUGAUUUCCACACAGGCAAGCCUCACAUGGCUCAGAUUGGUGAUCGUGUGCUCGAUCCGCAAGUCGACUUCUGCUUCUCCGAGGAGCCCGUGCCGAAGGUGCCUGUCAUUCCUCCGAAGCGCUGGGUCUGUCGAGAAGUGGCCGACGCGUGCGAGGCUCUCCGAGACGCCGAGGCGAAGUUUGAAGAGAUAGCGCGUCGCCGGGCGAAGGUGCGGGACGUGCGCGCGCGAGCUCUACCGCGCCUCGAGCCGCUCGGUUAUGAUAGGAACAAAAACGCCUAUUGGGUGUUUCCUAGACGGGAUACUUUACAGAUGGAGGCCGUGCCUCGCCCGCGGCCGUCGUCGCCGCUCCGAAUCUGGGUCGAGGACCGGAGCGGCGCGGCGCCGGCCUGGUCCUUCUACGAAGGGACCGAGACGCUGAAGCAAUUGGCGGCCUCGCUUGAUGACAGAGGUGUGAGGGAGCGGGCGCUGAAGGACGCGCUGGCGGACCACCUGCCGGUCUUCGGGCUGGACGACGUCGACGACUAAGAUUUAUUAUUAUUCUA